CUGGUGAAGUGGCCGGACCAGAAGACGUGGCACACGUGGCCACGCUGUGGCACUGAUCUGGCUUCUUGAGGAGGCGGGAGGAGGACAUGGCGCAGACACAAGUCAAUUUCACAACCUUACACUUGGAAAUUUUGAGGGAGAGAAGCCGUACCAGACUGGUAGUGAAGCCUGCACUUCCUGCCCCAGCGAACGGCUCUACUGUGUCAACAACCUUUGCUCAUUUGAGUCAGGAGCAGUAGUUGCAGGAGUCUCCCUGCUGGCUGUAGUGCUGAUGGCAGUGACUGGUGCUCUGAUGCACUAAGCCAUACUGGCCAAGGACACAUAGGCAUACUUUGAGACCAGUCAACACUUUACACACUUGGCAGUAUUAGCCAUAGACUUUCCUUUCGUUUUUCGAUAUUUUUCGUGUUGUCAUAAACUAGUAAGAACAGAAGACAAAUACAAAGAUAGGCAGCGUGUAUCUAUCGUCUA